UGUCUUCCAUCAUCUUGAGGUUCGCUCCAGGGUGGCGAAAGCGCUGCUCGUCUUUGAGAGCUCUUGGAUCAUCUUUGUGCAUGCCUGUUUGAAAGAGAGCAGACUUUGAAAUGGCUGCUCAACGUUGUAGGAGAAGCCAUAACGCUAAAUACACACAUAGGGGAGGGGUAGAGGCCUUGGUGUAUGCGUGUCUCACGUCUCUGUACGUUUGCACUUACCUGGUACCAGAACGCGUAGUUUUUCAGCAUGUAGAGCUCUUUAAUGCUGCUGUCAUCAUUCAGGCUCGCACCCUGUUUAGGAACGGACAGUCAUGAGAAAACGGAAUGAAUCUGCACAGCACAUGAAUCGAUGUGUCCACAUCGUUACCUUGCAGCCCCAGUACUCUCCGAAUUGGUCAAUCCAGGUAAGGAGCACGACCAGCAGCCCAGAUCCCGUGAGGCCCGAACUCUGGCGAGCAAUGGAUACAACCCAGCAGGGCUUGUCCGUCCGAAUGGCGAGAGUGCCUGGCGCUUCAUGAUACAUUGCGUUCAGGUCGAAGAAAAUCUGGCCGUGCUCGAAGCCCGGCAUUUCCUUCGGGCCGUGCGCUUCGAUGUCGUCGAUACCGGUCAGGCCCACCACCACUGCUUGCUUUCCUGAGAAGACCCGACGCCUGUAUAUAUGCACGAAGGCAUGCGUCAGGAGACACGUCGGAAACGUAUUUGGCAUGUAUGCCUUCGGUGCUCGGGAAAAUGGCCUUAGACUUACAGUGACAAGUCUUCGGCGAAUUCCUCAAAGCCCCAAGCACCAACGCUAAAUGAGAGCUUCAUGUGACUGUCAUUUAGCGGGAAUUCAGGGGAGGCAGCUUUCGUCCUCAACUCCACUUUGCUCUGCAAUUUUUCGGGAAUGCGAACGUGGCAAACUCUUUGCAGCUCUGCCGAUUGAUCUCCAGGCCUGUGCAGCAUCCUCAUGAACGGGACUUCAGGUGCCCUGCCAACACACAUAUGCAAGCAUACAUACGUAUACACACAGACAGACAGACAGACAGGUGGACAGACGAACAGCUAUGGAUGCGGUCUUACGAAUGCACACCAUCUUGCCGUCUCACGUACCUGCCCCAGCAGAGGGGGUCGUCAGCCUGGGCUGCGGCUCCCAACACUGAGAGCAACAGGAGGAGAAGAAAACCCGCCAU